CGACACCAUAAUGACUCAUUUCCUGUAAAAUGCUUUUAAUUAAUAAUUGUGGCAAUGUAAUCGUACCUACGUUCUUUUUAAUUCAGUACCGAUUCUCCAAAGUUUUUAGGAAUACUUCCUAAUAGGAAUCGAAUGAAAGUGUGAAACAUCAGGUGAAUUCAAUUCGUACUGACCUUAUUUUUACAUUAAAUAGUCUCAUUCGUGAAUCUUCUGGCAUUCAUGGGCCAAACUACUGGUACAGGUAUGCCUGAAACAUGAUAUUCUUGUGAGACUCGAGAAAGAAGUUGAAUCAGGUAGGAAGUUUCGUGAUGGUGAUGAAUUUUCGAACUGUUCGGUAUGAAUAUGCUUAUAUACGAAUAUUCGAAGUCGUGUCGUGUCUUCAACGAACUGCGGACCGAUUUACAUAUCUGGUUUUUAAACUAUCGAAUCGCGUUUUCUUCUUCUCAGCUCGUUUGGGAAUACCGUCAUAUUAUAGUCUUGAUUGGCUCAGGGGAAAUUCACUGCUGGCUAAAACGAUUUUCUCGCUAUUUCUUUCAGAUUCCGUAGGCUGAUUUAACCGUGUUAGUAUCUACCGAUGAGAGCGAUACUUCUCUGUACGGGUUGUUUUUUAAACAGCUGCAGUGAGUUUUCCUCGUAGUAGUUCUGUUUUUGUACGUGAUACGGUGAUAAAUAUUUCUAUUACAUUAUGGUGAGCCAAGUGGUGAAUUCUAACUCAAAUGCCAUUAUGGGAGGCACAGGGAUGACAAUCAAUAGAAAAGCAGAGAGACGAAAACCCAAAGUUGGAGAUCUUGAUUUCAAACCACCCGAUGGUGGGUGGGGUUGGUUGAUAGUGGUUGCAUGCGGAUUUGGAAACUUAUGUUCAUUUCCGAUGUUCCACCAGUUUGGUCUAGUCUUUAAAGAAAAAUUCGCCCAAGUAGGAAUAGACAGUAGUCAAACGCUGACUAUACUCAAUUUAUGUGUAGCUUUUAAUACAGGAGUAGGUUUAUUAAAUGGGCCUUUAUUCAGGCUUUUUUCUCAAAGACAAGUAGCAGGGUUUAGUGCCUGUGGAAUAGUUAUAUCCCUAAUAGUAUUAUCGUUUUGUACCCAAUUUUGGUCUCAUAUAGUCAUGUACUCAUUAUGUUAUGGUGCUAGUUUUGGAUUACUAGAAGCAGCCAACUCCUUAGCCAUCAACACGUAUUUCAAAGAGAAACGAAGAUCUGCUACGGGAUAUUCGUGGACCUUAACCGGUCUAGGGCCUAUAAUAUGCCCUUAUAUAAUAGUUUUCCUUGAGAGAUACUGCGGAAUAAAUGGGGUGAUAAUUAUUUUUGCUGGAAUAGCUAUGCACUCCAUUCUAUGCAGUCUAUUUUUGCAACCAGUUGAAUGGCAUACGGAACCAAGAGACGAACCAGUUGAAGCUCCUAUAGGUGAUGAACAAAAAACGAUUACACGUAAUAUGGCAUUAGCUGACAAGUUUUUUGCUAACGAGGGUUACUGUCAUUCGGAAGUAGAACCACAAAAACCAUCCCUCCUGGUUGGCAAAGAAACCGAUUCAACUUUAGAGAAUAGUCAGAUACAAGAAGUUAGUGCAAAUGGCGAAGAAGAUAUUCAUAAGAGUGAGGGGAUUUGUUGUACCAAAGAGGAAGAUACAAAUAAAUCCGAAGAAAGCUUAGAUGGAAAACGUGUAGUUCUAGUAGAAGAAACCGAUCCAGUAUUAAUAUCCGAACCGACAAACACGCUCAGAGAAAAAUUCUGCACUUACUUCGACUUCGACCUCAUGAAAGACCCGACCUAUCUCAACUUGAACUUGGGACUAACAUUUGCGAAUGUGACAGAAAUGAACUUUUCCUUAGCAACUCCUAUCAUACUGACAGAAUUCAACUUCACGAAGUAUGAAAUUGCUAAUUUCAUGUCUGUGUUGGCUGCCACAGACCUAAUCGUUAGAUUCAUAAGUUCAGUUGUGGCAGACAAAAUUGGUUGGAGCAAUCGAACCUAUUUUCUCAUAGGAGUAAUGAGCAUGGCUAUAGGAAGAGUCAUUCUCGUCCAUACUCAGACCUACACCUUAGGAAUGUUUGUGGCAGUCGUGAUAGGUUCUGGUAAAGCACUCAGAACGAUUUUCAUGAUAUUGGUGAUACCUUCUCAUGUGCCUUUGGAAAGGCUACCGGCUGCUUACGGUUUGCAGUUUGCUGUUAGUGGAAUAACCUUCAUAGUACUUGGACCAGUUGUAGGAUGGAUACGGGAACAAGUUGGAAGCUACGUCUAUACGCUACACAUACUGAAUAUCCUGACUUAUCUUACUGCCAUUUCUUGGACUAUUGACAGUUGGAUGACGAAGAGAAAGAAGAAGAUUGAAGAUGGUGUCAAGAAGGAUCAACAGAUGAUUUCAUGAAGUGCAGAGUCAUCAAGGUUCCUACUCAGUACUAGGCACUAUGUGACUAAAUAUAUCAAAAAUGUCCUUACUCAAUUUGACAGUGAAAAAACUUCAUGUUUGAAAUCGUUUCGAUGUAGAUUAUGCAGGUGGAGUUCGAAAUUACCACCAAUUAUUUUGAUCUCAUUAUCAAUUUGGAUUUAGUAUGAUAUAGGCCGUCAGUUGUUAGAAAGCCAUAGUGACUUUGAAAAAUCUCCAUAAAUGAUAAUAUUUCCACGAAAUUCUCGAUAACAAGACAUGCUGCACUUACACAUUAUCUAGCCUAUUCCAGUGAUGUGACUAAUUUAGGUAAUUCAAUGUUAGGUCAAUUUAUAGUAUUAGUAUUUCACUGAAAGAAGCUACUAUGUGUUAGUGAAACAAAUUUUGUUAAGUUUUCACCUCGGUUUUUAAUAUUAUCGGUUUGGAAGAGAAACACCGGCCAUAAAAUAUUAUGAAAACCAGAGUGUUCCCAAAAUUAUAAAGGAAGUGUCUUGGGGAAAAUGAUCUCAAAGAAGUGCGAAAAUAGGAAUAGGUCCUUUUAUUCAAAUUUGAAAAUACGUCUUUCAAGUUACUAAUAUGUGAUAAAAUCUGUGUGAAUAAAAUUUGCAUCAAUAAAGAUUGAUAUA